AUGCCGAAGUGUUUCAAAAAGUACCUAAGUUGUCGCUGCAUCAUUGACUGCACUGAGAUAUUCAUACAACGUCCAUUAAAUCUCAAUGCCAGAGGACAGACAUGGUCUAAUUACAAGAAUACUAAUACCAUCAAGUAUUUGGUUGCAUGUUCUCCAACAGGAAGUGUUAGUUUCCUAUCAGAAGGAUGGGGAGGUAGAGUCUCUGAUAAGGAAAUAACAAUAAAAAGUGGUUUUUUGGAUUUAGUCGAAAAUGGAGAUCUUGUUUUGGCUGAUCGAGGAUUCCUUAUCGAGCAAGAGUUGGCAACACGAGGCGUGGUAUUAAAAAUACCUGAAUUUACCAGAGGGAAGAAACAAAUGUCAGCAAUGGAUGUAGAUCGAUCUCGAAAAAUAGCCAAUGUUCGAAUCCACAUUGAGAGAGUUAUUGGACGUUUGAGAAAGUUUGAAAUUUUGAACACAACCGUACCUAUCACUCAAGUAGAUUUAUUGGACGAUGUGUUUAUCGUUAUAUGUGCUUUGGUGAACUUGAACAAAGGCAUUAUAUAA